AUGGAGUCGAAUGGACACGCACUCCCCGAGGAGGCCAACAAGCCGCCAGAGGGUGUGGUCUUACCCCCCAAAGACAUUCGAGCUAUUGUCGAAAAGACUGCCGGGUACGUCGCUCGCAAUGGAGCAGUCUUUGAAGACCGUGUCCGUGAGAAGGAAAAGAGCAACCCCAAGUUCUCUUUCCUCGUCGCGGGUGAUGCAUAUGCGCCUUUCUACCAAUGGCGACUGGCCGAAAUCAGGGAAGGCCGAGGAUCAGCUAUCUCAGCAGGACGAGCUGGCGAAACAGUCGCAGAACCCGACAAGCCCAAGGGGCCACCCGAACCGGCCGCAUAUCAUUUCUCGGCGCGCAUGCCGAUUAUCAAUGCCCAAGAUCUGGAGGUUGUCAAGCAUACGGCCAUGUUCGUGGCCAAGCGGGGAAAAUCUUUCAUGACUGCGUUGUCCCAGCGCGAGGCACGAAACUUCCAAUUCGAUUUCCUGCGACCUCAGCACAGUCUUUACCAAUUCUUCACCCGUCUAGUCGACCAAUACACUAUCUUACUACGUGCCGAGGGAUUAGACGACGCAACAUCGUCCCAAAAAAUCAUUGCCGAAUUGGAGAAAAAUGUACAGAACAAAUAUCGCGUCAUGGAACGCGCCACGGAGCGAGCGGAGUGGGUCAAGUUCCAGCAAAAGCAAAAGCAGCAGAAAGAAGAGAAGAGUGAACAGGAGCGAAUUGAGUAUGCUCAGAUUGACUGGCAUGACUUUGUGGUUGUCGAGACGGUGGAGUUCACCGAGCACGACGACCACGCGGAAUUGCCACCACCAACAUCCCUCAACGAUCUCCAAUCAGCCUCCCUGGAGCAAAAGGCCGCUAUCUCUCUCAACACAAUGCGCAUCGAGGAAGCCAUGCCCACAGACCUCGACAACCCAACCUACUACAAUGCCUACCCAGCACAGCCCGUCCCAAUGCCUCCUCCCCAACAACCCUCCGUCUCGCCUUACCCAGCAGGCCCUUACCCUCCACCCGGACAAUUCACCAACCCAGAAGAGGACCAGCUCAUACGUGAGCGAACUCAAGCGCGCGAUCAAGCCGCCGCCGCUCAAGCCGCCGCCCACGCCAUCCCCGGCCAGCAACCAAUGCGCAUCCGCUCAGACUACGUGCCACGAGCCCAGGCCCGCCGCCAACAAGCGACUCAAAUGGCAAUCUGCCCGUACUGUAGCCAGAAGGUCCCAUCCGCCGAGCUGGACGAGCACAUUCGCAUUGAGCUCCUGGACCCGCGCUGGAAGGAGCAGCGUGCCAAGGCCGAAUCGCGCAGCGCCACCACCAACUUGUCCACCGUCGACGUGGUCAACAACCUUAAGCGUCUGGCCAGUCAGCGCAGCGAUGUUUUCGAUCCAUCUCCCGUGGACCCUGAGGAGGAGGCGAGACGCAAGCGAGUGGCUGCUGAUCCCUCUGUGCAAGGCCCGCCUGGUCAGGGCCCGCACAACCCCAACGCCCAGAGCACGAACAUCGAAGAUCAGCUCAGGCACAUUCACCAGCUUGCCAAACAAUGA